GAGCUGGGGUGUGGGGGUCUUGGGGGGGGGGAGUUGGGGAAGCGCUGCGGGUUUGAACCCAGUCCCGUGCCCCCAGCCUUGGCACCAUGCGUCUCUCGGCUCUCCUGGGCGUAGCGGCUCGUCUUAAGCUACCCAAGGAUUACCGGCACGGCACUUGGCGGCCCGGCACCGCCGCCGAACGCCUCCGGAACCCCCCGGGGCAACGCCGCAAGAAAAUCUUCGUGGAACCCAUCAGCAGAGAGGAUUGGAAAGUGUUCCGCGGUGACACGGUCCAGGUGCUGACCGGGAAGGACUCGGGGAAGCAGGGGAUGGUCACCCAGGUUGUACGGGCCCGCAACUGGGUCGUGGUGGAAGGGCUGAACACGCACUACCGCUAUGUCAAUAGGAACGCCAAGUACAGCGGCACCUACAUCGCCAGCGAGGCCCCGCUGCUGCUCAACCAGAUCGCCCUGGUGGAUCCCGAGGACCGGAAGCCGACUGAGGUAGACUGGAGGUACACAGAGGAGGGCGAGCGUGUCCGCGUCUCGUUACGCACCGGCCGCAUCAUCCCCCUACCCCUGAGGCAGCGCCGGGACGGCAUCGUUCCUGAGCAGUAUAUCGAUGGCCCCAAGGACACAUCGGUGGAUGACGCGCUGGAUAAAACCUACACGCCGUCCCUGAAGACCUUUGAGGAGGAGAUCAUGGACGCCAUGGGGAUUGUGGAGACACGCAGGGCCAAGAAGUCCUACUGGUACUAAAUCCUACGUGGAACUUGGCCUGGAGCUGCGUUCCGUGCUCCAACGGCAGCAGCUUGCAAUAAAGAUGCCCCUUUAUUUUUCA